AUCUGGCUCCUCGACCAUAAAGAGCGAGCCGUCACUCUUCUGUCCCUCCCGCCCGCCUGCCUCUCUUCGUCGGCCGCGCUGCCCUCAACCUGCCUGAAACCAACCACCGGAAAACAACAAUGUCUGAGAAACUUGCCUACAAAGUUGCUGACAUGAGCCUGGCCGAAUGGGGGCGCAAGGCCAUCGACAUCGCGGAGAACGAGAUGCCCGGCCUGAUGAAGAUGAGGGAGAUGUACGGUCAGUCCAAGCCGCUGAAGGGCGCCCGAAUCGCCGGCUGCCUCCACAUGACGCUGCAGACCGCCGUGCUCAUCGAGACCCUCACCACCCUCGGCGCUGAGGUUCAGUGGUCAAGCUGCAACAUCUUCUCCACUCAGGACCACGCCGCCGCCGCCAUCGCCAAGUCUGGAGUUCCAGUGUACGCGUGGAAGGGAAUGACCGACGAGGAGUACGUGUGGUGCAUCGAGCAGACGCUGCACUUCAAAGACGGCCAGGCCCUCAACAUGAUCCUGGACGACGGAGGAGACCUCACCAACAUGGUCCACCAGAAGUACCCCAAGCUGCUGGCAGGUAUCCGCGGCCUGUCGGAGGAGACCACCACCGGCGUGCACAACCUCUACAAGAUGCUGAAAAAGGGCGAUUUAAAAGUUCCCGCCAUCAACGUCAACGACUCCGUCACGAAGAGCAAGUUCGACAACCUGUACGGCUGCAGGGAGAGUCUGAUCGACGGCAUCAAGAGGGCCACCGACGUGAUGAUCGCCGGUAAGGUGGCCGUGGUGGCCGGCUACGGCGACGUGGGCAAAGGCUGCGUGCAGGCGCUGCGCGGGUUCGGCGCUCGCGUCAUCGUCACGGAGAUCGACCCCAUCAACGCCCUGCAGGCCGCCAUGGAGGGUUAUGAGGUCACCACCAUGGACGAGGCCUCCAAGGAGGGAAACAUCUUCGUCACCACCACCGGCUGUGAGGACAUCAUCCUGGGACACCACUUUGAGAACAUGAAGGACGACGCCAUCGUCUGCAACAUCGGACACUUUGACUGCGAGAUCGACAUGGGCUGGCUCACCAAGAACGCUGCCGAGAAGAUCAACAUCAAACCUCAGGUCGACCGCUAUCGCAUGAAGAGCGGCCGUCAUAUCAUCAUCCUGGCCGAGGGCCGACUGGUGAACCUGGGCUGUGCCAUGGGACACCCGUCCUUCGUCAUGAGCAACUCCUUCACCAAUCAGGUUCUGGCUCAGAUCGAGUUGUGGGAGAACACGGCCAAGUACCCCGUCGGAGUCUACUUCCUGCCCAAGAAGCUGGACGAGCAGGUGGCGGCCGCCCAUCUGGACAAACUGGGGGUGAAGCUGACCAAGCUGACCGACAAGCAGGCCAAGUACUUGGGUCUGCCCACCCAGGGGCCCUUCAAGCCGGACCACUACCGCUACUGAGCGGCCCGCGGUGGCGCCGCCUCGUGUGUGGAGCACUUUGGACUCUCGGAUAUGCUGAGGGGCUGUUCCGUCUCGGUUUCCUUCUCCCCCUUUUUCUUUUAUUAAAAUGGCCGUUCUAAAAGUUGCCCGCGCUGGAUUUGGCAGUCUGCUGCCCGGGCCUUCGUCCGUAGCUCUGUCAUGUCAAGUGUCCCCAUCAGGAGGUCGCAGCAGCAUCAUCCAGAUGUGUAGUUCUGUCAUUUCUCAUCACUUCUGAAACGUCACAGGGAACUGAAUAAACCUGAAUCUUUCCAUUUUUAACCUGCGACUCGCGCAGUUUUUCCUCAAUUCUGUGUUUUGUCUGACGGGUUGAGUGGACGUUUAAGGCCUCGUUCACUUAAUGGAAUCCUUCUGUGUUCCGUGUCUACUCGUCAUCACAGUGACACGUUCUGCUGCCAAAGAAGCCACCAAAUCAACAAGUCUUAAUCUGUUUUUAUUCUGUCUGUUGUGAAGGGGUCAAACUCCUCGUCUGUCGCUGCAGGCCGAUGACGCGCUCAGUUCUAAACUGUGACCAGGAAAAUAAACAUGUGACUGUU